AUGGAGUAUCUACCUUACACACAUAAAGGUUUCUCAGGCAAAAUUGCUAACUCUCACGAAGAUCCUGAAUAUAUUGAUGCAGAAGUAGAGAUUGAGUUUGUAACCAAAUAUAGGCAUAGUUCUUAUAAGGGUUCAAUCCUUCGUUAUAUGUCUGGAUUGGAUUUCUCAUGCAACAACCUAACAGGUGGCAUCCCACUUGCGUUAGGCCAAAUAUCUUCAUUGCGUGCACUAAACUUAUCUUAUAAUCACCUGACUGGUAAAAUUCCAACAACAUUCUCGAAAUUGGCUCUCUUGGAAAGUCUAGACCUCUCUCAUAAUAGUUUGAGUGGAGAAAUUCCUUCAGCAUUGAUUGAUCUAACCUUUCUUGAGGUAUUCAAUGUGGCCAACAAUAACCUAUCAGGUAAAGUUCUAGAUAUGAAAGCACAAUUUGGAACAUUUGAAAAAAGCAGCUAUGAAGGAAACCUAUUUCUUUGCGGACCACCAUUAGAUAAAAGUUAUGCCAAAGUAAAGGAGUUAGAUCCAACACCAACCCAAUCUUCAAAUGAAAGUGACAAAAAAUGUAACACCCCAUAUUUUUAG